AUGAUUCCACAGCGGCCACACCCGCGCCGCACCGCGCCCUCGGGUGUCCCUUUUCCUCGACGAACAUUGCGUUGCCAGGAUGCCCAGAUCCGGUUGCCGGAAGAUUCCAUUCACGAAGCCGGUCGAUCGCCAGUAGCUCUCCACGUCGAAUUCCACGAAGACGAAGAAUCCGACUCGCCACCUAGAGGACAGGGUACCUCGAGAGGAGUUUACGGCAGUCAACCUCCAAUACCCCUCCAAGGCGACGAACCCAGCCUACCUACAAGACAGGAAAGUGAUGAGGACAGACUGAUCCGGAGGAACAUUGAGGUGUUCCGACGUCGCCUUCGUGCAGGUCUCCUUGCACCUGUCUACCACCAUUCACAGCAAACCCGUAGACGACCUCUCCUUUUUCAAGACAUGGAACAGCCUAGCCGUCAAAGCCGAAGACACCCGCGCACCCACCUCAUACCUCUACCUAGCGCACCCCAAGCCGACCCCUUCCGACCGCCACCGUCUUACUCACCCCGCAAUCCCCGCCUACAUCCCACGGGCGAGGACUACGACCUCACAUCCAGUCUCUACCAUCGCCUCCACAACAACGGCGCUCCCCCUCUGCCAGUCUACACCCCCGUUGCCGGCCCCAGCGAACGCGUCCUCCAAUUUGGAGGAAGUGAGUAUGAGCAACGGAACGCCUUGUUGCGCUUGUUGCAGGAGAGGAACCGACAGGAAAGAGAAAGAGAGGAGGCUAUGGAAGAGAUACGAUUGCUGACCUGGGAAGAGGUAAAGAGUCACAUGGAGAGCGGUCUCGCUAUAUACGGAAGUUCCAGAUGA